AAUCUGGCAGCGCUGUGAAGGUUGUAAACAAAGCCUUCGUGUGCAUGGCGUCGCUUUCUUAUUUGCCUCAUUUCACCCUUUUUCCGGACGAUUUGGUGCCCGCCAUUGAGUGUACCGCCGCCUAACAACCACAAGGAAAGAUGGAGCGGGACAGCCAUAUACGGAGUCUCCUGGCUGCCCCCUCCCCCGCCCCCCCCUUGGCCAGCCUCUCCCACCACCUCACCUCUAGAGCUUCCUUGACCCUCCCCGGCACCAUGGCAUCCACCUUCCGUCGCCCCGGGGCCACCACCUCCUCCCCCGCCUCCCGCCCCGGAUCGCCCCGUGCCCCAGGGUGUCCGCCGAUGCUGGGGGAGGUCGCCCCAGACCCGCGGGGCCGCUUGCACCUCCUCGGGGACCCGCAUGCCAAGUUUACCACGGUUCUGCGCCUUGCUAGUGGUCAGGAAAGCGAGCCGGACAUCGUCAGCCUCGACCACCCCUACGCUCGGCCCUACAACUGGCGGCCCGAGGCAUCACACGCCCGGCCGCGGAAGUCCCUGUUUAUGUCCAAGACCGGCCGGCACCAGCACCACCACCACCUCCUCCACUCCCACCACCAGCACCAGCAGCACCACAGCUCCUCCUACCACCAGUACCACAGCCAUUACCAGCAGCGGCUUAUGCAUGGCACCGAGGAGGUCAUAGAUGUUGACGGUGACCUGACCCCACCGCCACCCCUGCCCUAUGACCUCCCCAAGGCACAGCAGGUCAUGAGUGAGUGCGAGAGACAUGUGGUCUUUGCGCGGCUGGAUCAGAUCAAGCCGGCGGACCCCAGGCAGGAGGAGGUGGUGAGGGGCAGCGGGGAGGAGGGGGAGAUGGACUGGGAGGAGAAGGUUAACAAGCAAGGGUGGACCGAGGCACAGCUGACCCUCUUCGGCAAGGUGGUUCAGGUACUGGACACGGACCAUCUGGGACGCCUGGGUCUCAAGAACACACACAACGAACCAGUGUCCCGACGCGCGCUUGUGGACAAAACCUCCGCUAAGUUCCGUCAAGCCCUCGCGCGGGUAAGCUGGGACCCUAAGCUGACCCAAUGGCUGCAUUCCGUUCUCCUGCAACACCUGAGCCUCCCCUACCUGGCUGCAUACCUGGAUAUCCUGCAGACCCUCAAGUCCAAGAUCCCGACCCUGGUAGACAAGAUGGUAACGCUGACCAGCACCCACCGUGGAGCCAGCGUGGAGGCCCUCAACUUGCUGCUUAAGAGGCCCUGGGACCCUGCCGUGCCCUCCCUCAACCACCAUAAGCCGAGGAAGCUUGACGGGGCAGUGAUCAUCGUACAGGUCCCCAGCGGCCCCCCGUCAUCCGUGCCCCAGGCCCCGCGACGCAUCCGCUUCUUCAACGCGCAGCUGCAGCACAUGGCCAAGACUGUGCCCGUUAUGGUCCCCCAGGGCAGGGCAGAGCACAGCGACCCCCGGGUGGUACUGGAGCAGAUCGUGGGGGAGGUUCGGAGGCGGCUGGGGGAUUACCGCAGCCAAUACCCCGCCAGCCCCCUCGUACUCAUGGGGUGGGGCAUCGGGGCCGUCAUCGCCUGCCACGUGUCGAUGCUAGAGUCCGUCACUGCAAACAUCUGCCUCGGUUUCCCCAUGAUCGGCGCGGAGGGCAAGCGUGGGGAGGCUGAUGACCCCCUCCUAGACUGUCGCACCCCCACGCUCUUCGUAGUGGGGGAGAAGGCAGCUAACGUGAGCGUGGACGACAUCGAGGACCUCCGAGUGCACAUGCGGGCGGAGACGGGGCUGGUGGUGGUCGGCGGGGCGGACUCCCACCUCCGUAUGUCCUGCCAGAAACGGUACAUGGAGGGCGUCACGCAGUCCAUGGUCGACCGCUGCAUUGUGGACGAGAUCGGGGAGUUCCUCUGUCAUCUCAUGAACGACAACACCACCAGCGGAGGAGGCGGAAGAGGAGGUGGAGGAGGACACCACAACUAUCACCACCCCUCCACCACGACCUCCACCACAACCACCUCCUCCUCCCCCUCCUUCACCAACCCCCUCCCCCCCAGGGCUGCGUCGAAGAGGGAGCUGUCGCGGAAGAGGAAGCUGUCAGUGAGCUCGGUCGGGGACUCCUCGGGGUCGAAUUUUUCCCCGGCCAAGAUUUCCCGGCCAAGCACCCCAAUCAGCAUGUCCAGCACCAGCCUCAAGAUUCCCGGGGGGGUGUCGUCCAUAUCCGCCGGGGUCAUGGUAGGGGGGGAGGGGGCGCCGGGCAACCCCCCCUCCGCCACCUCCUCCACCCUGGCCCCCUACCCCCCCGCCUCCUCCACCGCCACAUCCACCUCCGCCGCCUCCACUCCCAGCUCCUUGCCCUCAGAUGCUGUCUCUGCUGUCACUCCGAGAGGAUCACAUAACCAGAAGUACACCCGAGCCUUGGAAUCUCGACGCUACCCCAAGAUGAAGCCAGUGACCUCCUCCCCCUCCUCCUCCUCUUCCUCCUCCUCCUCGGCCACCAUCACCACCACCACCACCACUACCACCUCCUCCUUCCCCUCCUUCACCACCCUCGCCCCACCCCUCCUGGCGUCCUUAGAGCAGCAGACUGAGGACGGAACUGCGAGGGAACUUAAGACUACCAGUGGAGUUCUUAGUGGAGGCAGUGGAGGUGGAAGUGUUAUCAAUAUCAGCGGCGGAGGUGGUAGUGGUGGUGGUGGUGCGUCCUCAUCACCACCGUCAAUCUCCACCUCCACCACACUCACCACAAUCUCCCUCGGCUCGUUCGCACCCCUUUCCCGCCACAAAUACAGUCGGAUUUUACAGCAACACCAAGACCAGUUGCCGUUCCCCUCCUCCACCUCCACCUCCACAUCCCCUACAACCACCACCACCUCCUCCACCUCCUCCAUCAUCAUCUCCACCUCCGAGGACCUCCUGCCGCAGCGUAUGACCACACCUCCGCCCCCGCCGCCGCCGCCGUCCCAGCCGUCGGCGCAGACUGAAGAUGCCCCGGAGAGCACAGGGUCGUCCGGCGGGGGCAGCCCCAUCCUACGCCAGCGACUCAGUGACAUGGGGUCGGGGCGGGUCAGCUCGGGGUUCGUCUUCAGCAGUCUGUCGGGGAAGGUCCUGAAGGAGGUCGCCCCGCGGUUCCCGAGCCCUGCCCCACCCAGCCCCGCCACCAUCACCACCACCAUCACCUCCGCCCCAGCCCCAACCACCGCUGGGGCUAACUCAUCCACCACACAGGACCUGCAGACUAGAAAGAUCGUGGGCAGCACCAUCGUCACACCAUUAGGGUGGAACAAGCGGGGCCGACCCACCCCCGCCAAGCCCCGCCCCUCUGCCCCGCCCACCACCACCACCAGCAGCAGCACCAGCCCCGCCCCGACACCCAUCCUGCUCUCCGGGGAUGGGGCGGACGCGCACAUAGCAGUCAGGACCGGGGGAACCAACGGCAGCAGCGGGGGCGGGGCCGGGAGUGUCGUGACCACCCGCGGGGGCGUCCGGGUGCUGUCCGGGGCGUCAGGGCCAAAGCAGAGCCCCGCCUCGUUCCUCCUGACCAACGUGACCUCCCCGUCGAGUGUCCGGGUCGCGGGGCAAUCGCUAGUCAUCACCAACACUGGCCCCGACACCACCCCGCUUGCCCUGGGGUCCGGGGCGGGGCGGGGCAGUCGGGUCAUCCUCACCUCAAGCCCCCGUGUGGUCCGCCCCAUUACAGCCAACCGGGGCAUCGCAUCCACACGGGGUUUGUCCUCGCCCCGCCCUGCCCCGGCUAUCAUGUUGGUUAGUACGCCUUCCCCCAUGCCCCACCCCGCCCCGAGCCCCACCGUGCCAUCUACAGCUGCCCCGGAGACCACCACCACAACGACAUCAACAGCCACUGCCCCGCCUAUGACGACAGCUGUUAGCCCCGCCCCGGUCUCCAUGCCAACCGGGGAACUGGCUCUCCUUGUGGCCGCCUCGGAGAUGAGUGAACGUGCCCCGAGUACAUCCAGCCCCGCCCCGACCGCCCCGAAGCCACAUGGGGCGGCCCCGGGAACAUCAACGGUCCUGGUGUCGAAAUUUGCGGCAAAACAGAAGAGUAGCGAGGUGGUUGUGAUGACCUCUUCCUCCUCCUCCUCUUCUUCCUCCUCCUCCUCCUCCUCCUCCUCUUCCUCUUCCUCCUCCACUCCUACUGCCACUAUCAAGGUUACCGCAUCUGCUGCUCCUGCUAAACCUCCUUCCUCCUCCUCUUCCUCCUCCACCGCAUCUGCUAUCUUCCGCACCACCACCUCCACCACCAGGACCGCAGAGAAGGAGGUGACAUCCACUACCACAACACCACGCUCCACCACUAACACCAAAGCUACCAAGGCGAGGAGCAACAGUGGUAGUAGUAGUAGUAGUGGUAGUGGUAGUAGUCAGGGGUCUCGGGAAGGGGUUGUCGUCCGUCCCCGCCGCUCUCUCACUAUGGGGCGGGAUAGGGGGCGUGAUGCGGGGGGGCGUUGGGCCAAGAUCUCCGCCCCGACAGCCCCCAACACGCGACGGGGGAGGAGUAAGGGGAGGGGAAGGUCGAGUCUGUAGAGAGAGAAGGGAAAGGAAAGGAAGAGAGAGAGAAUGAGGAAGGGAGGGAAAAAAGAAAGGAAGGAAGAUUGUGAUUAGAGGGGAACGAAAGGAAAGGAAGGGAGAUAAAAGAAAGGAAGGAAGAUUGUGACUAGAAGGAACUGAUGAAGGGGAGGAAGGAAAGGAAAGGAAGGGAGGGAAAAAAUAUAGGAAGGAUGAAUGUGAUUAGAGGGGAAUGAAGGGAAAGGAAAGGAAGGGGAAAAAGAAGAAAAGGAAGGAGGGAAAGAAGAUGAAGGAAUUUUUGCGUGUGUUAGUUUACAUAUUCAUACUACUACUACUACUACUUCUACUACUACUACUACUACUACUACUACUACUACUACUACUACUACUACUACUACUACUACUACUAUUACCAGUGUUACCAUAAGGAUGUAGAGCUGUGAGUGACUCCAGCGGCGCGGAUCCUAACCUAAGACAAACUAUAUAUAAGAAUCACCGUGUAGCAUUCAUGUAAGGAGGAAAAAAUUAAAUGGAUAGAACUGA